CCACCGUCCUGCAGCUACCAUGGGGACUCGGGCGAGGUGGGCUGCUACGUGGCGCCGCGGCCGCUGACCAGGGACAACAACUACUUCGAGGUGUCGAUCGUGGACAGCGGCGUACGCGGCACCAUCGCGGUGGGGCUGGUGCCGCAGUCGUACAGCCUGGACCACCAGCCGGGAUGGCUGCCCGACUCCGUGGCGUACCACGCCGAUGACGGCAAGCUGUACAGCGGCCGGGCCAAGGGCCGGCAGUUCGGCACCAAGUGCAGCUCCGGCGACCGCAUCGGCUGCGGCAUCGAGCCGGUGUCCUUCGAGGUGCGCACGGCGCAGGUCUUCUUCACCAAGAACGGGGAGCGGGUGGGCUCCACAGUGAUGCCGCGCGGCCCCGAGGGGCUGUUCCCGGCCGUGGGCAUGCACUCGCUGGGCGAGGAGGUUCGGCUGCACCUGCGGGCGGAGCUGGGCGCUGAGCAGGACGAGGGCGCCAUGAUGGUGGUGGACAGCCACGAGGACGAGUGGGGGCGGCUGCACGACGUCAGGGCCUGCGGCACGCUCCUGGAGUACGCAGGCAAGGGCAAGAGCAUCGUGGACGUGGGGCUGGCGCAGGCGCGGCGCCCACUGAGCCCCCGCAGCCACUACUUCGAGGUGGAGAUCGUGGACCCAGGCGAGAAGUGCUACAUUGCGCUGGGGCUGGCGCGCAAGGACUACCCCAAGAACCGGCACCCUGGCUGGAGCAGGGGCUCAGUGGCCUACCACGCAGAUGACGGGAAGAUCUUCCACGGCAGCGGCGUUGGGGACCCCUUUGGCCCCCGCUGCUACAAGGGCGACAUAAUGGGCUGCGGCAUCAUGUUCCCCCGCGACUACAGCCUAGACAGCGAAGGGGACAGCGAUGACCCCAGCGACACAGCUGAGGUGAGGCCGAAGGCUCGGGGGGUGCGAAACAUCACCUACCUGCACCAGGAGGAGGAAGAGGAGGAGGAGGAGGAGGAGGAGGAGGAGGAGGACGGCGAGGACACGGAGCAGGAGCAUGGCGGCAGGAAGGUGGUGGUGUUCUUCACCCGCAACGGUAAGAUCAUCGGCAAGAAAGAGGCAGCGGUUCCGCGGGGGGGCUACUUCCCCACCGUGGGCAUGCUGAGCAGCGGCGAAAAGGUCAAGGUGGACCUGCAUCCCCUCAGCGGGUAGCCCCCCCCCCCCGGGACUCCCCCACAGCACCGGAGGGGCCAGCCCCCACUCCCCGUGCUGCCCCAGGGGUCCCCAUCCAGCCCCACGUUGCUCCCC